CCGUUUUGAACAUCAAAUGCGGCACUUGACCACAAGAGUUGCCCAAACAUUAUUUUUUUUUUUUUAAAUGUUGUUUGGAAAUUCCAUAACUGGAAAAUAUGAACAUGACGCAGAAGUAGGAGACUCGCCCGAGUGGUUCUACCAUUUUCCACUAGUUGUGUACUGAAAGCAGGCCCACCAAUGCACAGCCACCUUUGAUUGGUAAGUCUUAUUUUAUUAUUAAUUGUAUAUUUUGGGAAUUCACCCCACUUCUGUUAGGUGAAUUAUUAAAUAUCGGCCAAGGAGUGAUUUUGAAUAUUUGAAGUAUUAUGCCUGUUACAAUGUUAUUGUGUUGUACGUUACAUUUAUUUAAUCUCACUUCUCGUAGUAUAUUAACAUGUUUAAAUAAUCCAGAUGACAUGACAGUAUAGUCAGAUUUAAUAUUUUUGGAUCCACUUUUAAAAAUUCACUGUCAUUCUGUGCGCCACAAAACUAUGACGUUUAACUAAAAUGUGAUUUCAUUUUAAAGCCGGUAAAAGUUCACGCGGGAAAACCAGUUUGAUAAAGAUCAGAAUGAGUGGAAUGGUGGAAGUCUUCGCCGACUUGACGAGCGUUGACGCUUCCUCAGUUGACCGCCCGGCGCCAUGGACGAGUCGGAGCCCCUUUUGGCCCGAAGGCCCGACGAGCGCCCCGGGUGGAACCUCCGCGCGCCCAACAUGGACCCCGCGGUGGUGGAGGACCUGCGGCGCAGGCUCAAGUACUUCUUCAUGAACCCUUGCCAGAAGUACAAAGCCCGCGGCCGCAAGCCGUGGAAGUUGAUGCUUCAGAUAUUAAAAAUCGUCCUUAUCACCGCGCAGCUGGUCUCAUUUGGACUGAGCAAUGAGAUGAUGGUCACCUUCAAGGAGGAAAACCUGAUGACCUUCCGAUACCUCUUCCUCAAAGGAUACAAGGACCACCAUCCAGGGGGGCACCUUUUGCACACAAAAGCCGACGUGUACCACCACAUCCGCUACGUCGUUGAAAGGUACAUCGACCUCCAAAACCUGACAGUAGGAAAUCUGGCUUACGAGAAGACCGGCGGUGAGUACACGCCCCUGAUGGUCUGCCACGAGUUUUACAGAAACAGCAACGUCGACCCUGGAAACGAGACCUUUUACAUCGAUCCGCGCGUCGACACAGAUUGCUUUUCCGUCUACCCCCUGGUGCCACUGGACAACGGCAGUCCGGGGACGCUCCAGAACUUUUCUUUGGACUUUCGGAGGCUGCUGUCGGUCAAGGUGAACUUUACACUGAAAACCAUCAAUCUGCAGACGGUCAGGCACCACGAGCUUCCCGACUGCUACGUCUUCCACGUGGCGAUCACGUUCGAUAACCACGCCCACAGCGGAAAUAUCAAGGUGGCGGUGGAAAACGACGUCACCAUCAACGAGUGCAGGGACUGGAAUGUGGAGGGCGCUUCCGGGAAAAACGACUACCUCCUGCUCUUCUUCGAUUCCGUGGUCCUCCUCGCCUGCUUCACUUCCCUGGUCCUCUGCUUGCGUUCUGUCAUCAACGGCAUCCAGCUGCAGUUUGAGUUCAACACGUUCUUUCAUGCCUACUACAACAAAAUCGUGAGCAUGUCUGACCGCAUGGAGUUUGUGAACGGCUGGUACAUCCUCAUCAUCAUCAGCGACACUCUGACCAUGGCCGGUUCGGCUUUCAAGAUCGGAAUACAGACCAAGUUCAUGACCAGCUACGACGAGUGCAGCAUCUUGCUGGGCACGGCGACCAUGCUGGUGUGGGUGGGUGUGAUUCGGUACCUCGGUUUCUUCAAAAAAUACAACGUAAGAGUGUUCCGGUUCGGCAAACAAUGCAAGCACGCGUCAAGAGUGAAAAUUGUUGUUGUUGUUGUUUUUUUGGGGUGGGAACAGAUCCUGAUCUUGACUUUGAGAGCAGCCUUCCCAAACGUGAUCCGAUUCUGCUGUUGUGCGGCCAUGAUUUACCUCGGCUACUGUUUCUGCGGCUGGAUCGUACUCGGGCCGUACCACGACAAAUUCCGAACGCUGGACAAGGUGACCGAGUGCCUCUUCUCGCUGGUCAACGGCGACGACAUGUUCGCCACUUUCAUGAAGAUGCGCGACAACGGCUACAUGGUGUGGCUCUUCAGCCGCCUCUACCUCUACUCCUUCAUCUCUCUCUUCAUCUACAUGGUGCUCAGCCUCUUCAUCGCGCUCAUCACGGACACCUACGAGACCAUCAAGCAUCACCAGCAAGAAAAAGUGCCAGCGUCCCAACUGCAGGCUUUCAUAGCGGAGUGCAGGGACGAACCCGAGUCCGGACGCUACCAAAUUGACCAGGAGCCCCUUUCCUGCUGCCUCUUGGCCUGCUGUUGCUGCGGAUGCAGGAAGAAGAUCUGACUGUUAUUCCUCGUUGUCAUGGUCAAUAUAUUUUGGAAUUAAAUGCUGUCCUAAGAGAAAUGCACUACUUAUAGGAAGAAUGUCUUUUUGUUGUUGUUGUUGUCACGCUAUACUAUAAGCGCUUCUUGGCUUCCAUGUUUAGUUGUCUUAAUGUCUGCAUGGGAUAAAAUUUCUCAAGUCAUCAGUUCUGCAACGCUCCUUGAAAAUCACACUAUCACAUCACUGUGGAGCUUCUUUUUUUUUUAAAUAAAAAAAUAAAAUGAAAACAACAACAGG